AUGGGUGACACGCGUAAGAAGAAAAAGUUUUACUUUCGUAAACGAAGAAACAAGUAUUUCUUAGAACCCGGCUUUAGAGGUUUCUUUUGCACAUGUAACUUCAGGGAGAAGGAUUGUGUCAAGGAAAUGUACAACCUGCUCAACGAAUAUGCAGGUAAAUUAUAUCCAGAAGUUGAAGGCCCACCACCUGUAGCAUUAGCCGAUCGAGAAGAUCGAACUGACAGUGAUUCUGAGAGUGAGACUGAUAUAGGAGACCUCCUCAAACAGGAAGUCGAUUGUAUGAAGAGUUAUUCACAGAAAUCUCUUAAGCACAAACGAUUUCAAGUUGUUGAGACUGGAGCAUCAAAUUGCAUUUUUAUAAAGACUAAUCUACCAUGCCCUGAAGAAUUAACUACAGCUAUUAUCAAGGAUGUAUGUACCACCAAAGUGCAAAAGACGCGGCAUGUCUUACGAUUCUUGCCCAUCAUGGCUACUUGUAAAGCCAAUUUACCUGAUAUAAUGGAAUGUGCUGGUAAACUUUUCGAUAAAUUCUUCUUGAAGAAGUCAUCAACAUUUGCUGUUAUAUUUAACAAGAGGUUUAAUAGUAGUGUAUCCAGAGAUUUAAUCAUCAAGGAGCUUGCUGAAUUGAUUGUACUGAAGAACAAUGGUAAUAAGGCAGACUUAAAGAACCCUGGUCUCUGUAUAAUUGUUGAAAUUAUAAAAGGAAUUUGCCUCCUUAGUAUUGUUGACAACUACUACUCAUAUAAGAAGUACAAUCUGAAUGAACUCUAUAAAGAGGAAUCUAACAAUGAUUGCGAUGGACCUCAACCAAAGAAAUUAAAACCAGAAAAUGAUUCCAUUGAAAAAAAGAGUACUGAAGAGGCUGUAACAAACUAA